GACAGCAGCGGACUCUUUGGACUCAAUAGUGAAAUAAAAACUUUCUUCUUUUCUGCAGAUUCAACAUCAAACUUUGAAAUGCUUCUUGCAUCUGAAGGCCUUCAUUGUCCCCUCCUCCUUCUCUUCCUUCUCUUCUUCCUCCUCCUCCAUCCUGUUCACCUGGAGGAGGCAGAGGAGGUGCCAGUGGAGGUCAUCAUCGACAGCUCCCCCUGCAGCUCCACCUGUGGCCUGGGGCUCAAAACUCAAACCCUGUGUUUGCUGAGAGACAGCAAGACAGCGAUGGAAGAGGCCCCAGGAGGGAAAGAUGGGACGGAGGUGUCGGAGGUGUGUCGAGUCCACAAGGUGAAGUGUCAGGAGUCGUGGCAGUGUGGCCUCAGGACGGUGACUGUGACGUCAGGACAGAGGGUGGAGGUCGACUGUCUGGGAGAAGUGAUGGAGGCGAUGGGGACGUUCUCAUGGAGGGUGUCGUGGCGUUACGCCCGAGGAAUCAUCACCUCUGACGACUCUCUGUUUGCUCGCUGGGAAGCUCCUGAGCUGGACCGGGUGAUUCUGGACCCGGUCCGAGAGGAGGACGCAGGAACUUACCGCUGUGACGUGCAGGACGCCGGCUUCCGCAGAGUGAAGAGGGUUUACUGGGGCGUCCGGGUUCUACCUGCUGGGAUCCUGAAUCUGGAUCAGUGAGGCUCAACUGGAAACCUUGAAUACUGAUGAUUCAUUAUUUAUUAAAGUAACUGUUUGUUGUUUUGCUGCCA